GACGGAGACUCGCGACUCAUGAGGGGCGAGCUCUCUCUCUAUGACCCUCUCCUCCUCCUCCUUGUCGAAGCUCCUCCGCCGCAACGCUCACGACCCCGCCCUCGCAUGGCGUCUCUUCAAGCUCCUCGCCCUCUCCCCAUGCCCCUCCCCCUCCCCUCCUCCAUUCUCCUCCCUCUCCUUCAUCUCCCUCCUCCUCGCCCGCGCCCACAUGCUCCCCGAGCUCCACUCCCUCCACCGCCACCUCCUCCUCCUCCCCUCCUCCGCCUCCUCCGCCGCCGCCUCCGCCGCCGUCGCCGCCGCCGCCGCAGACGGAGGCCUCCUCGACCCCGCGCUCUCCUUCUUCGCCUCCCUCCGCUCCCGCUUCCCCUCGUGCCCGCCCCCGCUCCGCCUCUACAACUCCCUCCUCCGCCUCGCCCUCCGGUCCCGCCGCGCCGACCUCGUCGAGGUGCUGUACAAGGACAUGCUCGUGUGCGGCGUCGCGCCGGAGGCGUACACGUUCAACGUGCUGAUGGCGUCGCUGUGCGGCUCCGGGCGGAUCGAGAGCGCCCGCGUGUUGUUCGAUAAAAUGCCGCUGAAGGGCUGCCGGCCGAAUGAGUACAGUUUUGGUGUCUUGGUUCACGGGUAUUGUCGCGAAAGGCGGAGCCUUGAAGCGCUCGAGCUUCUGGGUGAGAUGGGGAGAUUCGGGUGCAGGCCGAAUUUGGUGAUUUAUAAUACGAUAAUAUCGGGGUUUUGUCGGGAGGGAAGGAUCGAUGAGGCGGAGAAGCUGGUGGAGAGGAUGAGGCAGGAAGGGCUAGUUCCCAAUGUGGUAACUUUUAACUCUCGGAUGUCGGCGCUUUGUAAGGCGGGGAAGGUUUUGGAGGCUUAUAGGAUAUUUAGGGACAUGCAGGAGGACCGAGAAUUAGGGUUGCCGAGGCCGAAUCGGACCACGUUUGAUAUAAUGCUAGGCGGGUUUUGCGAGGCAGGUAUGAUUGAGGAAGCUCGGGCAUUGGUCGAGUCGAUGAAAGGUAGUGGAUUCUUUAGAAAAGUGGAGACUUGUAAUUUAUGGUUGUCAGGGUUGGUGAAAAAUGGGAGAUUGCUAGAGGCCCGAGAGCUGCUAGAAGAGAUGGGGAAAAAGGGUGUCGAGCCGAACCUUCGUUCAUAUAAUAUUGUUGUAGACGGUUUAUGCCGGGAGAAGAUGAUGUUUGCUGCUUGGUCGGUGAUCGGUUUAAUGCAAAAGAGUGGAAUUUCCCCAGAUACAGUAACUUAUACAACUAUACUCCGAGGGUAUUGCUCCAAAGGGAAUGUCUCAAAGGCCAAUAGGAUUCUGAAUGAGAUGGUGAGUAAUGGGUGUUUUCCAAACUUGUUCACUUGCAAUAUCUUGCUGCAAAGUCUAUGGAAAGAAGGUAAGUUAGCGGAGGCGGAUAAAUUAUUGGAAAAGAUGAACGAGAAGGGUUAUCGGUUGGAUAUCGUAAGUUGCAAUAUUGUAAUCCAUGGAUUGUGUAAAAAUGGAAAAUUGGAUAAGGCGAUAGGCAUUGUUGAUGGCAUGUGGCAAUACGGAAGUGCGGCUCUUGGUGAGCUUGGAAAUUCGUUCGUUGGUCUAGUGGAUGAUGCGGGUGAUACCAGAAAAUGUGUUCCCGAUCGCAUUACCUAUUCAAUCCUAAUCAGUGGGUUGUGCAAGGCAGGCAAGCUGGAUGAAGCUAAGAGAAAAUUACUUGAGAUGAUGGGGAAAAAUAUUGCUCCCGACUCGCUUAUCUACGACAUUUUUAUACAUGGUUAUUGUAAGCACGGAAAGAUGUCAUCGGCUUUCAAGGUUCUGAGAGACAUGGAGAAGAAAGGGUUCGAUCCAAGCACUAGAACAUAUAACCUGUUGAUAUGGGGAUUGGCUAGUAAACAGCAACUCGAUGAGAUCCUUAAGCUGAUAAAUGAAAUGAAAGAGAAAAGAAUUCUUCCUGAUGUCAGAACUUACAAUUACUUGAUCAAGUCACUCUGUGAAGGAGGAAUGGCGUACAAAGCUCUUCCUCUUAUAGAAGAGAUGCUGCAAAAUAACAUCAUCCCUAAUGUAACUUCUUUUGGUCUGUUGAUUAAAGCUUUAUGUAAGGCUUCUGAUUUUGAUGCUGCCCAAGGUAUAUUUCACGGUGCUUUGUCUACAUGCGGCGAAAAGGAAGCCAUUUACAGCUUGAUGUGUAAUGAGCUUUGUACUUGUGGAAAAGCAUUAGCGGGCAAAGAACUGCUAGAAAUCGCGUUUGACAAAGGCUUUACCAUCGAGAGAUUCCCUUAUAAGAAUCUGAUUGAGGAACUGUGCAAAGGAGAUCAUGUAGACGAUGCCCAGAGUCUACUAAAUACAAUGAUAGGUAAAGGUUAUCUGUUUGAUCCUGCAACUUUCAUGCCGGUUAUAGACGCACUCGGUAAAAGAGGAAGCAAACAUGCGGCUGAUAUAUUGUCAGAAAAGAUGAUGGUCAUGGCAGCUCACCACGAUGAGCCCAAUAAUGUCUCUGAUUCUCACUAUGGUAAAAAGAAGAAAGAAGCUUCUCCUGAAACUGAUUGGCGUGCUAUUUUACAUAGAGACGAUGGCUCUGGGAUAGCUCUAAAAAUUCUCAAGCGAGUUCAGAGGGGCUGGGGUCAAGGAAGCAUACCGACCCCACGACCGCAGAACAAUGACUUCCUCGACGCGUGGGAAAGCACUGGCUGAUUAUAUCAUUAUUUACAGUGGGCAUAAAUUUCAAAACCCAGCUAUGAGCAUUGGAGGUUGACGAAAUCAUAUGGAUUAGAUCCAUAUUCGAGUGCUUAGCUAUAAACUGUUCGUGACUUCUUCGAGGAUCUGGUCAGCUGGAGUUGACUACGCACUGGAAUACACAACGGAGUCCCUUCUAGGUUUCAGCCGAUUGAAGUCUCCUCUUUCGGGUGGAUCUCCAAAGUUGUUCACUGCUGUUUUCACAGAAUUCUUCUUUUGAGGCAGAGCAAAGUACAAUGUAGAGUGUCUGCAUAGGUCCUUGUGAUGCUGUGAAGCUAUUGAAAGUCCAAUAUUGCUCUUCUUUGGAGAGAAAGUUGAUGCAACUUCAGAAAUCUCAAUGGAAGGGUAAAAAGAAUUGCAAAACCAACCCUUGGAGAAUUGGCUUUGAGUAGGACACUCAGGAUGACUCAAGGAAGGCUAACUAUCUCCCUCUGUAUAAGCAGACAAGAACGCAAUGGUACUAAGAAAAUAAUUGAAGCUGUUGGCGAGAUGAAAACUGACACUGAAGUUUUACUCUCAAUUUUGAUUCGACAUUGCUUGUGACCAUUUGUAGUCUCUUGUUUGAUAGUGUUACCAGCAUUCUUUAUUCGUCCUUGUUCAGGUAAAGGAACAAUUUCACAGGCAACAACCGAGGUGAAUUAAAAUACCCAAAGAUGGAACUAUAAAGAUCCAUGCUAAAACGUGCUCUCAUAGAUACUGUACAGAGAAUAAAGACAAUGACAUCCAGAGCUGGAGUAUGAAGUUCACGCCAGAGCGAAUGACUUGAUUGUUGAUAUUUUAAACUUAUAUGCGGAGCGGCUAAUUCUACAUUUUGGAAUGAGAUGAAUCUGAAGAGAUGUUGAGCAGAGUCUUUAAGGAUCAGAUAUAUGAUGUGUACUGCUGUUCCCUGGAUUUUCAGGUUUAUUGGCUGGUUGAAGAAAUGCAUCACAAUUACUUGAUGGUACCAUAGAUCCAUAGAGACAUACUGCAAAACUAAAGCGAUGCAUUAACAGCUGCUCUAAGUUCUGGUGCAACUUGCUCUUUUAAAACAAAAUUUGACGGUUCGGGGGCCUUAAUGUUUAGCAGGCAAAUUACAUUGAACACAUUGGGUGCAGUUUGUCCCUCAACAUGAAUAAUCUCACAACACAACUCCUUGUGCAUGUUUUCUUGGCAAUAAUUGUUUGUGGUUUACUUCCUAAAGAUCGAUAACUGAUAACAGCAUUGUACUUGCUAUGUACCUUCUAUUUAUCCAAUAAAGAGCUUGUACUUUGCUUCGUCA